AUGCGGCUAAUGCCGGCCAUCAAUGGAGUUGAAAAAUUCUUUGUUAUUGCCUUUGCUGUGAUCGCAGCUGCCUCGGCUACAUCCAUCGCCACGGAUUAUCUGCCACCUGUCGACAAUAACCUAGAAGUCGCCGCUGAGCCAAUCGAUUUGCCACUCGAGCAGGGUGCCCUCGGUGAUAAUGGUUAUCGCUACAAGACCGUCCGUCGCCUGAAGUACCGUCAUCGUCGUGAUGUCAGCGAACUCCCAUCCGCCGAGUACCUGCCCCCAGUUGGUGAGGUGUCCCAGGAUAUCGGCGUUGCUGGUCCUAUCGAAUCCGCUCCUCUGGCUGAUGAUGGCUACCGUUACAAGACCGUCCGUCGCCUGAAGUACCGUCAUCGUCGUGAUGUCAGCGAACUCCCAUCCGCCGAGUACCUGCCCCCAGUUGGUGAGGUGUCCCAGGAUAUCGGCGUUGCUGGUCCUAUCGAAUCCGCUCCUCUGGCUGAUGAUGGCUACCGUUACAAGACCGUCCGUCGCCUGAAGUACCGUCAUCGUCGUGACGUCAACGAAUUGCCCAGCGCUGAGUACCUGCCCCCAGUUGGUGAGGUGUCCCAGGAUAUCGGCAUUGCCGGUCCUAUCGAAUCUGCUCCUCUGGCUGAUGAUGGCUACCGUUACAAGACCGUCCGUCGCCUGAAGUACCGUCAUCGUCGUGACGUCAACGAAUUGCCCAGCGCUGAGUACCUGCCCCCAGUUGGUGAGGUGUCCCAGGAUAUCGGCAUUGCCGGUCCUAUCGAAUCUGCUCCUCUGGCUGAUGAUGGCUACCGUUACAAGACCGUCCGUCGCCUGAAGUACCGUCAUCGUCGUGACGUCAACGAAUUGCCCAGCGCUGAGUACCUGCCCCCAGUUGGUGAGGUGUCCCAGGAUAUCGGCAUUGCCGGUCCUAUCGAAUCUGCUCCUCUGGCUGAUGAUGGCUACCGUUACAAGACCGUCCGUCGCCUGAAGUACCGUCAUCGUCGUGAUGUCAGCGAACUCCCAUCCGCCGAGUACCUGCCCCCAGUUGGUGAGGUGGCCCAGGAUAUCGGCAUUGCCGGUCCUAUCGAAUCUGCUCCUCUGGCUGAUGAUGGCUACCGUUACAAGACCGUCCGUCGCCUGAAGUACCGUCAACGCCGUGAUGUCUCCGAGAUUGCCAACGAAUACCUGCCUCCAGUUGAGCAGGCUGUGAUCGAUGUACCAGCUGAGGGUCAAAUCCUUGGCGAUGAUGGCUACCGCUACAAGACUGUCCGUCGUCUGAAGUUCCGUCGCCACUAAAGAUACACUCCCCCGUAAUACAGGAACUGAGUUUGCCAACAACAAAAAACCAGGCUAUGGCACUCUCAUUUGAA